GCUCGAGCCGCGCUCGCGCACCCGUUGGCUGCCACAGCCUCGAGCUUGGCGCGCCGGCGCGAGUACGCGCCCUGAGCUCUGGCUGGCUGGCUGGCGCGCACGCGCCCGAGAGGGCUCCGGGGCGGGGCGAGCCGCUGCCGGGGCGAGGGUCGGGGUGAUCUGCUGGAGCUCCGGCCGGAUCCUGCAGUCCGGCCCAGGAGAGAAGUGGGGAGGCGGCGGUGGGGGCGGGGCGGCGUCCGGCUCUGAGAGAGCUGGGGGAGGAGCGCGGCGGCGACGGCGGCGGUGGCUCUAGAAGGGGAGGCGGAGGAUCUCCUUUCCUCUUCUCAGACCCGGGAGCGUCCGGGACGCGGAGCCCGGAGCUGGGGCGACGAGGCGAUUGCGGGGGCCUGGGCUAGCUGCUGGCUACCAAUAUUCUACUUUCUGUCUCUAUGAAUGUGACUACCCUGGUUACCUCAUAUAAUCUCCCUGGAAAAGGAGACAUGAAUGUCUGCAAUGAUACUUCCUGACAAGAAGUUGAUACAAGAAAAGGAAAGGAGAUUAACAGCUAGCGAGCAGAAUUUCGAACAGCAGGAUUUCGUAUUUUUUGCUUCCAACUGCACACUUCCGUUGCCCACUUUUAAAUCAGAGACACCUAUACUCAAAACCCAGACAAGGCAAAAGGAUACUUUUCUUGUAUAUUUUUUGAGAUCGAAGAAACGACAAUGUCCAGGAAACAGAACCAGAAGGAUUCAUCAGGAUUCAUUUUUGAUUUGCAGUCCAAUACCGUACUGGCCCAGGGAGGAGCUUUUGAGAACAUGAAAGAGAAGAUAAAUGCGGUACGUGCAAUAGUUCCUAAUAAGAGCAACAAUGAAAUUAUCCUGGUUUUGCAGCACUUUGAUAACUGUGUGGACAAAACAGUACAAGCAUUCAUGGAAGGUAGUGCCAGUGAAGUACUCAAAGAAUGGACAGUAACAGGCAAGAAAAAGAACAAAAAGAAGAAAAACAAACCGAAACCUGCCGCAGAACCAAGUAACAGCAUCCCAGAUUCCAGUAAAUCAGUUUCCAUUCAAGAGGAACAGUCUGCGCCUUCCUCAGAGAAAGGUGGUAUGAAUGGCUACCAUGUCAAUGGUGCCAUCAAUGACACUGAGUCUGUGGACUCACUCAGUGAAGGUUUGGAGACACUUUCAAUAGAUGCCAGAGAAUUGGAGGAUCCCGAGUCUGCCAUGCUAGAUACGCUGGAUAGAACAGGAUCCAUGCUGCAGAAUGGUGUCUCUGAUUUUGAGACCAAGUCUUUGACUAUGCACUCUAUUCACAAUUCUCAACAACCCAGGAAUGCUGCCAAAUCUCUCUCAAGACCUACCACAGAAACUCAGUUUUCAAAUAUGGGGAUGGAAGAUGUUCCCCUCUCCACCAGUAAAAAGCUAAGUUCCAAUAUUGAAAAAUCUGUAAAAGACCUCCAGCGCUGCACGGUGUCUCUUGCACGGUAUCGAGUUGUAGUUAAAGAAGAGAUGGAUGCCUCCAUUAAGAAAAUGAAACAAGCCUUUGCUGAAUUGGAGAGCUGUUUAAUGGAUCGAGAAGUGGCGUUGCUUGCUGAAAUGGACAAAGUGAAAGCUGAAGCAAUGGAAAUUUUGCUCAGCCGACAAAAGAAGGCUGAACUUCUAAAGAAGAUGACUCAUGUGGCUGUUCAAAUGUCAGAGCAGCAAUUGGUUGAGCUCAGAGCUGAUAUCAAGCACUUUGUUAGUGAACGUAAAUAUGAUGAGGAUCUGGGACGAGUAGCCCGGUUCACCUGUGAUGUAGAGACCCUAAAGAAGAGCAUUGAUUCAUUUGGACAAGUGUCUCAUCCAAAGAACAGCUAUUCAACCAGAUCCCGAUGUAGCUCAGUUACAUCUGUGUCCUUGAGUAGCCCAAGUGAUGCCUCUGCUGCUUCCUCUUCCACCUGUGCCUCUCCUCCCAGCCUUACAAGUGCUAACAAGAAAAACUUUGCACUGGGAGAGACUCCUGCAGCCAUAGCAAACUCCAGUGGCCAGCCCUACCAGCCACUUCGGGAGGUAUUGCCAGGGAACAGACGAGGAGGACAGGGCUAUAGGCCACAAGGCCAAAAGUCCAGUGACCCCAUGAACCAAGGGCGGCAUGACAGUAUGGGUCGUUACAGAAACAGCUCGUGGUAUUCAUCUGGUUCCAGGUAUCAGAGUGCUCCAUCUCAGGCACCAGGAAACACCAUUGAAAGAGGCCAGACUCACUCUGCAGGGACCAAUGGAACUGGAGUCAGCAUGGAGCCCAGCCCUCCCACGCCUUCAUUCAAAAAGGGGCUCCCCCAGCGCAAACCCAGGACCUCUCAGACUGAAGCCGUGAACUCUUGAGAGAAAAUCCAGUUGGCCUCUCUCCUCUAUCCACACAAUUCAACUUGAUAACUGGACUUUAGGAAACUUACAGUUAGAUUUAAUAACAAAAAGAAGUUUAUGCGUAUCACUUUUUGUGCCAUUCUAAGUAUUUUUGGUUUCUUGUCUCCUUAUUUCCUCUUUACCAUUUUUGGAGGGGAAGCUAUUUUUUUUCCUUGAUCUUUCCCAGUGAUAUGGAUUGAAUCUGGUUGGUCAUUUCCACCAGGAAUCAGAGGCAGCUGUUACCAGGUUUCGGCCUUCCAGUUGACCCCUCCACUGUCCAGGCUGUCUCAGGAGGAGGUGAAUCAGAGCUAGUCUGUCACCUUUCCAAUCUAAGCAGAAGCCACAGGUGCCUGACAAGUUCCCUUCGAACAACUAUUUGACCAAGAGAGGCAAUCAGGGGAUUGUAUACUGCACUGGAUUCGCCAGCGAAGGGAAAAUUUAAUUAGUGAAAAGGAAAGAACACUAGGAAACAUUUGAGAACCUGCCCCUAUCCCAGAAUGUGCUGGAGAUUUGACACUCAAAUCAGUGUUUAGUCUUCUGCUUGGCACCAUAGCUUAACCUGCAGUUUCUUCAAAAUGCCCAAUGCCUUGUUUCCUAUUACCUUAGAUUGCAAACCAGUCUAGGGAAGUCUAUGAGAAAGUAGCAUUUAAUUAAAGUUAAAAAAAAAAAAAAGGUUGGGCGUUGUGGCUCAUGCCUGUAAUCCCAGCACUUUGGGAGGCCGAGGCGGGUGGAUCACUAGGUCAGGAGUUCAAGACCAGCCUGGCCAACAUGGUGAAACCCUGUCUGUACUAAAAAUACAAAAAUUAGCUGGGCAUGGUGGCGUGUGCCUGUAAUCUCAGCUACUCAGGAGGCUGAGGCAGGAGAAUCACUUGAACCCAGGAGGCGGAGGCUGCAGUGAGCUGAGAUUGUGCCACUGCACUCCAGCCUUGGAGACAGAGCAAGACUCAGUCUCAAAAAAAAAAAAAAAAAAAAAAGCAUUUUUCUGUUUUAAUGUUUGGAGACUUUUUUUUCUUUUUUUUUUUUGUUCUCUCCCUUUCCUGAACCCUAUUCUGAUCCUGAACCAAAUUUAUAGCAAUAUAAUUAGUGUUAAUCUAAGGCAUUACUCAUCAAAAAAUUGCUGCAGUCUUUAUAGUUGAAUAAAUAAAAACAACUGCAUAAAUAUGCCCACUUUUGUUUCAUAGCA